CGCUCGGUCCCGGCCCCGCUCGGUUCCAGCCCCGCUCGGUUCCAGCCCCGCUCGGUUCCAGCCCCGUUCGGUACCGGCCCCGCUCGGUCCCAGCCCCGCUCCCAUGGGCGGCUGCCGGGCCCCGCCGCCGCCGCCGCCGCCCGGGUCCUCCCCUCGCCCCCCUCGGGCCCCGGGCCCGGCCCGGACACAGCGCGGGCGCUGAGGGAAAUCCCGGGAAGAGGCCACGGGAAGCUCGGGAAAUCCCGCGGGAUGGAGAGCAAGGCGCUGCAGCUGCGCACCUUCUCCGAGCGCCGCAGCGGAGCCGCCCCCGAGGAGCCCCUGGAGGGAAGGAGCCUCUCCAGGAUGAACCUCUGCGAGGAUGAUCCCGGCCGGAAGGCGAAGAGCUCGGGAUGCUGCGGCCGGCUGGGCUCGGCGGCGGCGCUGAAAUAUUCCGUGCUGGGCCUUUAUCUCCUGGUCCUCCUCAUCCUGGUGGGAAUCUUCGUCCUGGCAGCAUCCCGGCCCUGCGCGUCUCCCGAGGAUCUGCAGGCUCUGCUGGGCGAUGUCCAGCGGCUCAACGAGACUUUCCGGGACCUGCGGCUGCGGCUGCUGCUCCCCGUUCCCACCGGAGGAGAACUCCUGGAGCACGUCUGGAGCCUCCAGGAGCUCCUGCAGAACCACUCGGACUCUCUGCGGCGGCUGGAGGGGUUCCUGCACGGCCUGCGGGAUCAGGCCGGACAGACGGACGGCUCCGUGGCCCGGCUCCGCGAUUCCCUGCUCCGGCAGAGCGACGCGGCCCAGCUGGAGCUGUCCCGGCUCUCGGUGGACGCCAACGGCAGCCGGCUGCUCCUGGAGCACCACCAGCACCUCCUGGGCCACCUGGGCGGGCGCCUGGAGCUCCUGGGCGAGCAGGUGACGGCGCUGGCCGGAGCCGUGGAUUCCAUGAACCGCAGCUUCUCCUACGACGUCCGCCUGCAGCGCUCCCGGCUCCGGGAUCUGCAGGGGCUCCUGGGCAACGCCAGCGCGGAGGCGCGGAGGAUGAGGAUGGAGCAGGCGGCCGUGGAGCGGCAGCUGAGGCUGGAGCUGGCCCUGCUCGACAACGUCACCGAGGAGCUGCGCCUCAAGGACUGGGAGCAUUCCGCGGCGCUCCGGAACGUCUCCGUGAUCCGCGGGCCGCCGGGACCCAAAGGAGACCGAGGCACGGAAGGGAUGGAGGGAGCGCCCGGCCUUCCCGGCCUGCCCGGCCUCCGAGGCCUUCCCGGGGAGCGGGGAGCCCCCGGCCCGCAGGGAUUGAAGGGGGACCAGGGAGAGCCGGGCCCUCGCGGCCCCGCCGGAACGCGCGGAUUCAAAGGUGAGCGCGGCCCCAAGGGGGACAAGGGCGACCGAGGCGCUGCCGGCGGCACCGCUCCGGCCGAGGGCUCGGUGCGGCUGCAGAACGGCUCCGGCCCCCACGAGGGUCGCCUGGAGAUCUUCCACGAGCGCCGCUGGGGCUCGGUGUGCGACGACGGCUGGGACCGGCGCGACGGCGACGUGGCGUGCCGCAUGCUCGGCUUCCCCGGCGCCGCCGACGUCUUCCGCAUGGCGCGCUUCGGCCAAGGCACCGGGAAGAUCUGGAUGGACGACGUGUCCUGCACGGGCAGCGAGGAUUCCCUGGAGCUCUGCAGCUUCUCGGGGUGGGGCAGAACCAACUGCGGCCACGCCGAGGACGCCGGAGUGCGCUGCCGGACGGACUGAGCCCGGAGACAUCCCCAGGGAAACCCCAAAUCCAUCCCAAAGGGAAACCCCAAAUCCAGCCUGAGGGAAACCCCAAAUCCAGCCUGAGGGAAACCCCAAAUCCAACCCAAAGGGGAAUCCCAAACCCAUUCCAAAGAGAAACCCCAAAGUCAUCCCAAAUGGAAACUGCAAAUCCAUCCCGAAGGGAAAUCCCAAAUCCAACCUGAGGGGAAACCCCAAAUCCAACCUGAGGGGAAACCCCAAAUCUGUCCUGAGGGGAAAUCCCAAAUCCAACCCAAAGGGAAAUCCCAAAUCCAGCCCGAGGGGAAACCCCAAAUCUGUCCUGAGGGGAAAUCCCAAACUUAUCCUAAAUCCAUCCCAAAGGGAAACCCCAAAUCCAACCUGAGGGGAAUCCCAAAUCCAUCCCAAAGGGAAAUCCUAAAUCCAUUCCAAAGAGAAACCCCAAAUCCAACCUGAGGGGAAACCCCAAAUCCAUGCCAAAGAGAAACCCCAAAGUCAUCCCAAAGGGAAGCCCCAAAUCCAACCUGAGGGGAAAUCCCAAAUCCCUUCCAAAGGGCCAAGGGAUGAUCCCGAAGUUAUCCUGAGGGGAAAUCCUAAAUCCAUCCCAAAGGGAAAUCCCGAAUCAAUCCCGAUGGGGAACCCCAAAUCCAUCCAGGAAACCCCAAAUCCGUCCUGAGGGGGACCCCAAAGCCACCCCAAAGAGAAAUCCCAAAGCUGUACUGAGGGGAAACCCCAAAUCCAUCCUGAGGGGGACCCCAAAGCCAUCCCAAAGGGCCAGGGAAUGACCCCAAAUCCAUCCCAAAGGAGAAUCCCAAAUCCUUCCCAAAGGGACUGAGAGGAAAACCCCAAAUCCACCCCCAGGGGAAGUCCCAAAUCCAUCCCAAAGGGAAAACCCCAAAUCCAUCCCAACGGGAAACCCCAAAUCCAUCCCAAAGGGAAAACCCCAAAUCCAUCCCAAUGGGAAACCCCAAAGCUGUGCCAAAGGGAAAACCCCAAAUCCAUCCCAAUGGGAAACCCCAAAUCCAUCCCAAAGGGAAAACCCCAAAUCCAUCCCAAUGGGAAAACCCCAAAUCCAUCCCAAACGGAAAACCCCAAAUCCAUCCCAAUGGGAAACCCCAAAUCCAUCCCAAACGGAAAACCCCAAAUCCAUCCCAAUGGGAAACCCCAAAUCCAUCCCAACGGGAAACCCCAAAGCUGUGCCAAAGGGAAAAUCCCAAAUCCAUCCCGAAGGGAAAUCCCAAAUCCAUCCCAACGGGAAUUCCCAUCCCGGGAUCCCGGCCGGGCUCGGGAAUGGGAUCAUUCCCAGGGAAAUAAAGGAUUUUGGUCUUCUCUGG